CAGAACAGUACUCAGCAAACUCUAAUCGUUGCAUAUCGUCUAAAAAAUGGUUCUAAAGCGUUUUAUUUCCCUCAGUUUGUUAACUUCGUUUGUGGUCAGCGAUUACUGUGUCACGUACAAUUUCGAAGAAAACUUCAACGGUUUGUUUAGUGACUAUGGCUUUUGUAGUGGUAUGCCUUCAUGGAUCCUCGGCGAGUACAGGAAUUUGGGACUAACCAGACCAAAUGACCUCAGUACCAAGUUCAUCAGACCUACACCUUCCAUGCACAUGAGUUGUUCGACAUCGUUCUUCUUUACAAUGCACUCGUCUGGUACGCUGGAAUUCAACAUUUACAUGGAUUCGGAAUUCAGUAAUGAUCAGAUACAAAUUAUAGUCUUUGAAAUGUUACCUGGUAGUUCUGUUACUAUAGCAGCAAUUGCCUUCGUAAGCUCUCAGACUAUAAAGGGGUGGGAUACUGUGAAGAUACCAUUAGUUGGCGCAACUACUUUUGAAGGCUAUGUAUCCGUAAUGGGCAUAGCACCUCCAAAUUCUAUAGUAAUUAUUGACUCAUUCCGCUAUAUACCACCUGGUAUGGAUGAAAGCUCAUGCCAAGUUUACGAAGAGCCACCGACAGAACCAAACACCACUACUCCAGAAGCAACAACUACUCCGGCACCAAUACCUACUUCGGAACCAACAACUACUCCGGAACCAACAACUACUCCGGAACCAACAACUACUCCGGAGCCAACAACUACUCUAGAACCAACCACUACUCCGGAACCAACAACUACUCCGGAACCAACAACUACUCUAGAACCAACAACUAUGCCAGAACCAACAACUACUCCGGAACCAACAACUACUCCGGAACCAACAACUACUCCGGAACCAACAACUACACCGGAACCAACAACCACUGCAGAUCCAACAACUACUCCGGAACCAACAACUACUCCGGAACCAACAACUACUCCAGAUCCAACAACUACUCCGGAACCAACAACUACUCCGGAACCAACAACUACUACUGAGCUUACAACUACUACUCCUGAACCAACAACUACUCCAGAUCCAACAACUACUCCAGAAACAACAAUUACUUCGGAACCAACAACUACUAUGGAAUCAAUCACUAGUCCGGUCUCAACUAGUACAAUUCCACCUACUGAUAUAGAAGAUACUACUAGGUUCUGGACCAAAAUAAUUAUAUUGAUACUUCUUUUAAAUCUGAUAGUAUUUAUUUUAACAUCUAUUAUAUUUUAUGCACUAGGACGAAGGAAGUCUUAUAAGGUAGUUAUUAACCGUAACCGUGUUUGCAUAAAAAGAAAUAAAAUGUUUCUUACGACAUUAAUUAUAGUCAGCUUUUUAGCUUCGUAUGUAGUUAGUGAUUCCUGUGUGACUUACAAUUUCGAAGAAAACUUUGAUAUAUUAUUAAGCUGCAGCAACCUGCAUCCGUGGAUUCUUGGCGAGUACAGCAACUUGAAUUUAAACAGUCCAAAUGAACGUAGCACCAAGUUUAUUACACCCCAACCUAUUGCAAGUUGUUGGUCAUCCUUCCCAUUUAUAAUAAGCCAGAAUGGUAGAAUUGAAAUUAAAAUUUACAUGGAUUUAGAAAACGGUAGUGCUAACUUAAAUGUUAUCAUCAUCGAUGAUAGUGAUGGUUCUGCGGCAGGAUUUGGUUUCGCAAACCCUGAUGUAAAAGGGUGGCAGACAAUAGAUGUACAAUCGAUAUCUACAAUAAUUAAAGGCUAUAUAUCCAUAUGGGGCAUGGCAUCAGCUGGGUCUACACUUUUAGUUGAUUCAUUCCGCUACAUACCACCUGGUAUGGAUGAAAGUUUAUGCCAGAUUUAUCCAGAUCCACCGACAACACCCCAACAGACGACGACAACGGAACUAAUCAGUACUCCGGAACCAACAACUACUCCCAAACCAAUAACUACUCCAGAACCAACAACUACUCCGGAACCAACAACUACUCCUGAACCAACAACUACUCCGGAACCAACAACUACUCCGGAACCAACAACUACUCCGGAACCAACAACUACUCCGGAGCCAACAACUACUCUAGAACCAACCACUACUCCGGAACCAACAACUACUCCGGAACCAACAACUGCUCCGGAACCAACAACUACUCCAGAUCCAACAACUACUCCGGAACCAACAACUACUCCGGAACCAACAACUACUCCGGAACCAACAACUACUCCAGAUCCAACAACAACACCGUGGCCGACUGAAACUACCGAAUCAACAGUAACUAGCCCGGUGUCAACGACUGCCAGACCUUGCGUUAGACCACCUACCGAUGCGGAAGAUACAACAUGGUUUUGGACCAAAAUAAUCAUUGCCUUGGUCAUUCUUUUAAAUUUAGUAGUGCUAGUUUUGACAUGUAUUAUAUUUUACGAACUCGGACGAAGGAAGGCUGUAUUACCGUCAACUAAACGUGGAACUUCUUCAUCGGAAUGAUUAAUUCUGUGUAUACGUCAAUAACAAACUUUAGUUUUGUUUGACUAUUUGAUUUAUUAAAUUUUUCCAUGGAUGUUCAAUAGUUUAUUUGGCUUUAUUUGUGAAUAACAGAGGUUAACUUAGUAAAUGGCUUGAGCAUUUU